UUGCGGAGUGACUACAUCACUAGUAUUUAAAAUAUUAUUUAUAGACUAGUUUUUAAUAAUCAUCAAGUAACUUUUUAAUUGUGUCAUUUAAAUUAAGUGCUGUGACUAAUUUUCAUUUUUAAUUCAAAUUUUUUUACAAUAAAUCAUUUCCGCCACAAGUUGAGUCGUUCGCGACUCAUAUCAAUUUAUCGAGGUGGCGUGGGGUACAGCUGUGAUGGAGUUGCAAAGUUGGUUCCUCUAUCACCUGGUAGCCGUCACCGACUGCAAUCAAGUUAGCUGAAUAUUUUAAUUGACAAUUUUAUUUACUGUUAUCGUAAAUACUGGUCAUUAGAAAUCCAAUUACACAUUCAUCACAUUCAUUAUUGAAUCACUGUAAAUUCCACCAGGCUUUUAGUAACCGAUGUUUGAUGUGAUGCAGUCGACGGCUACCGGGGGUGGAGUUUACCCAGGGGGUGGAACGGGUAGCAGAGCACGGGAUUUAGGUUUACGAGCACAAAAAAAAAUUCUCGGACGAGUUGUUUCUUCAAAUGCCGGAAGAUCUCUUUUUAUAGACGACGCUACGACGUCGCUUCUUGACAAUCUCUUCAAGCUUAUGGAGAGAGCAACUAAAAGUAAUCCUAGUCUUGAUAAAAAACAACCGGAGAAAGUUUUAAAGAACAUUGUCAAAUUGUCUAUUAAAAUCGGAUUAUUGCAACGUAAUCAGCAAUUAAAUUCAUCUGACGAAGUGAAAAUAAACGAAAUCCGUUCAAGUUUGAGGGCCGCCGCAAUGUCUGUGGUUUCAUUUUAUGAAUUAGAGUUUAGUUUCGACAGAGUUUACUUAACAAGAUCGUUAGAACGUUGUCGAACAGCUAUAAUAACUUUGAUAAAACCACAUCUGACAGAUAAAUCACAAGAAAGAUGUGACCAAAUAUUUGAUUUUAUAACUCAUCAAGAUUUUCUUGAAUUUGUUUUCCAACAAGAUUCUGAGUUGAGGCCAACACUUGGACUACUUGUUGAUGAUAUUAAUAAAGCAUUAGAUGCUGGCCAUCUUUGAUUUAAUUAUUAACAGAAAAUCCAUUGCGAUAACAAUCAAAAUACAUUUUUUAAAAAUUUAAAUUUUAAAAAAAGUUUAUUAAAUUUAUAAAUUGUUUGCGUCCCAUUUACAAUUUCACAUCAAUUGUCUCUGACUCAGUCAGAAAAUUGUUUAUUAAAUUUUACACGCGUGUAUUUAUGAGAAAAAAAAUAAAAACAUUUUUAAAUUCAUUGUAACAAUAAAAUACCGCGUGGAUUUUUUUGUCGGAAAAAUGUGACAAGUAAAAAAAAACUAUAGAGUAAAAGUGAAAGUCAUGUAAUUGUUUAGUGUAAUUAUUUAAAAACAAUUAUUGCGAUUUUCGCAAUGACAUUAAUAAUAAUAAUCAUAAAUGACUGUAAUAAUCUCUCCAAUAAUUACUUUUAAUAUUAAUGAAUAUGAAUAUAUAAUUAAUAGUGUUUAUAUGUAUAGAUUUUAGUCUUAUUGAAUAUUUAUUAAUUAUUAUUGUUAUUAUCGAUAAUAAUAAUAACUUAUUGAUUAUAAUUGUACUAUUACCAAAAAAAAAAAAACCAAGAAACAAAACUAAGUAAUCGGAGUAAAAAAUGUUUAUCGUGGUUUCCUGCAUGAUAAAACAUACUGCCUAUGCCUCGGAACACCUAAUUAUUAAUUACUAAUUAAUAUUACUGCAAAACAAGUACAUAAAUUAGUGAGAAUAAAAUAUAAAUAAUAUAAUAAAUUGUAAUAUAGUUUUUGGACAAAAUAUUAAUUAAAAUGUUGUGUAUAAUUUAUUUAUUGUGAACAUGAAGAAAAAAUCAAUUAUUGUAAAAUUAAAAUAAUUAAAAAAUUACUCGAAAUUAGUAAUAAUUUUAUACCUGUGUAAAAAAAUUCGUGCAAAUAGUUCGAUCUAAAACUUGUAAACUUGAGACAGAUUUGAUCUUCGAAUAUAACUUUUGUAACUUUGAUAGUAAAAAAAAAGAUUAUCAAGAAUUUUAUGAGCGAAAUUUGAAUGUCAAAAGAACUCGAUUCGAAAAAAGUUUCCAUUUAAAACCAAUAGUCAUAAAAAAAUGUUCAUAAAAAGUUCCAAAUUUGAGGUUAUUGGACUUUUUCGAAACGAGGAUAAAACUUAGAAGAAAUAUGUUUUAAAAACGUUCUUUUUAAUUCAAAUUUUGCACAUAAAACGAUUGAUAACCUUUAUUUUUACUAUAGAUAUUACAAAAGUUCAAAAAAAUUCCACUCGAAGUUCAAAUCUGUCUCUAGUUUGGAAGUUCCAUAAGUAGAACUUUUCUGGAAUCUUUUUUCAUGAAUUUUUUUUUACACAGGUUAAUAAAAAAAUAAAUAAAUAAUUAAUUAUCAUAAUUGAUUAGUGAUACACAUUUAUUUGAAUACUUAAUGGAUAAAUAAAAAAAAAUUAUUUGUAUACGUACAAUAUACAUAUGAGCAAUUCUUAAAAAAAAAUUUUAAUCGACUCUUUAUAUUUAAAUUAAAAGGGACGUAGGAUUAUA